CCAGUUCAGUGUGUUGUGGAUUGAGUGCUGCACAGAAAGACACAGCUGUAGUUUGUGUUCAUCGGGUUUAAACAGGGUAAUGGUCACGUGUUUCUGUUAUAUUGUGUUACUUGGAGCGCAGUCAUUAGAUCACAAACCUCGGAAGUCGCAUCCUGUAUCCGGUACCAGUGUGAAAUGAGCUCUGGAGUCUCGUUCAUUUCCGUUCAGGGUUUAGAUUAGAUUUCUUUCAGAUGUUCCGAUUGGAACCGACUCACUUCAAGCGAGAAGCGUUUCUAUAAACGUGACAAACUCGACAAUAUCGAUCCGUUAUACCAAAAACCGAACUGAAGUCGAAGCUGCCAGGAUGCCCGAAGCUGGAACAGACAUGAAUAUGGACCGGCUUUUCGAGGUAAAAAACUCGGCUGCCAUAGGCACGGAAAACAUCCCACCUCCGUCUUUGUCGAGUGGUCCAUCAGGGGACAUCCUUCGCAACUUUUAUCACACCAAAAGGGUUGGGAAUUAUCUCAUCGGCAGGAAACUGGGAGAGGGCUCUUUUGCCAAAGUGCGUGAGGGACUGCACGCGCUCACCGGAGAGAAGGUGGCAGUAAAAGUGAUUGACAAAAGAAAGGCUAAGAAGGACUCAUAUGUUACCAAAAACCUGCGCAGAGAGGGUCAAAUCCAGCAAAUGAUUCGCCACCCCAACAUCACCCAACUGUUAGACAUCCUGGAGACUGAAAACAGCUACUAUCUUGUGAUGGAGCUCUGCCCUGGAGGAAACCUUAUGAACCACAUCUACGAGAAGAAGCGACUCGAAGAGAGGGAGGCGCAGAAAUACAUCCGCCAGCUAGUCAUGGCUGUGGAGCAUCUACACCGGGCAGGGGUGGUACACAGAGACCUAAAGAUUGAAAAUCUUCUGCUAGAUGAACAAGACAACAUAAAGCUCAUAGAUUUUGGACUUAGCAACUGUGCAGGAAUCCUGGGAUAUUCUGAUCCUUUCAGCACACAGUGUGGCAGUCCAGCCUAUGCCGCCCCAGAGCUGUUGUCAAGGAAUAAGUAUGGACCCAAAGUAGAUGUAUGGUCGAUUGGAGUCAACAUGUAUGCCAUGCUCACUGGCACCCUACCUUUCACGGUGGAGCCUUUCAACCUCAAAGCUUUGCACCAGAGAAUGGUGGACAAGGACAUGAACCCACUGCCUUCUUCUAUCUCCUCAGCUGCAGUUAGUUUACUGAAGAGCCUUUUGGAACCAGACCCUUCCAAAAGACCUAACAUCCACCAAGUUAUGGGUGAUUCAUGGUUACAGCUGGGCAACCCACACACUGGAAUUCCUUAUUUGAACAGGAUUCAUAUUGAGGAGAUCAACCACACAGUUCUUCUGCAUAUGACUGAACGAAUGGGCUACAAGCACAGUGAAGUCCUUAGUGCUGUGCUCACUAACCGAGCAUGCCACACUCUUGCUGUCUACUUCCUCCUUAACAAGAAAAUGAAAAGACUCUCCAAAGAGUAUCGGGAAAAGCAGUACAGUAUAGAAAAGGAGAAAAAGAGUGAGUUAUUCCAGACACAGUGGAGGAAACACAUUGAGAAGAUUACCAUUCCCCCUAAGCAGACACCAGUCUAUUUAGCUGUGAGCAAAGGCCCCACCAAAGAAAAGAAACAGAAAACAGGGCUUCUUAAAGCAAUGACUGGCCUGAAGGAUGCUUACUCACGACAGGGUGGCUGCAUUGCUUCCUCAUCUUUAGAAUACCUAGAAAUCCACCCGCUGUUCCCACAAACAUCUCAAGGAGGGCGGCACAUCGAGGCCCAGCCACCCAAAAAAGAUGGCCCGAGGGCUGUAGAUGUCCCUGCACGGCCUCCCUCAUCUCUGGGGGCACAUUCCUGGGCAUCAGCAAGCAAAGAACCGAGCAAAGAUGAUCCACCAUCUCCCUGGUACAAGCUCACCAAUGGAGCUCUCUCGCCCCCGAGACAUGUUUCUGCUUUUCACCAGCCAGACAGUUCCUACCUUAAAAAAGCAACCAUUCCUAAUGUCCCAGUGGUCGUUGUAAAACCCCAACCCAAAAAUAGUCUACCCACCACAGAGUGUCACAGCAAACCUGAGUCAGGCAGCAAUAGGGGCAGCGGCGGGCGCAGCGGUGGGCGCAGCAAUGGAGGCAGCGGUGGGCGCAGCAAUGGAGGCAGCGGUGGGCGCAGCAAUGAAGGCAGCGGUGGGCGCAGCAAUGGAGGCAGCGGUGGGCGCAGCAAUGGAGGCAGCGGUGGGCGCAGCAAUGGCGGUAGCGGUGGGCACAGCAAUGGGGGCGGUGAUGGUCACAGCAAUGGGGGCAGUGAUGGGUGCAGCGAUGGAGGCAGCAGUGGGCGAAGCAAUGGAAGCAGCAGCGGACGAAGCAAUGGAAGCAGCGGCGGGCGCAGCAAUGUAGGCAGCGGUGGGCACAGCGAUGGGUGCAGCAAUGGAGGCAGCAGUGGGAGAAGCAAUGGAGGCGGCGGUGGACACAGCAAUGGGGUCAACGAUGGGUGUGGCAAUGGAGGCAACACUGGUGUAAAAAAUGGGGGCAGCAAUGAAGGCAACAGUGGGGGUAGCAACGGAGGCAGCAAUAGAGGCAACAGUGGGCACAGAAAUGGGGGCAGUAUUGGGUGCAGCAGUGGCAGCAGCAAUGAAGAGCCCAGCAGUCCACAGCACCGUGCAAAGUUCCCUUCUAUGGGUAUUGGACAGAUCUUGAAGAAGAAAGUUCAACCCUUUGCCUUUCCAGCACCUCUGUUUAGGCCUGAGCCGGCCGUGGAGGUGGAGUCACCAACGCCAUACCACAUGCAGACUCUACUGUGUGCCUCUGGGGCACUCAAAACUCUGUGCUGAUGACAAAGGCACAUUUGAACUUGUGAAGUUUAAAAAAGAGAUUAAAUGCAGUGUUUGCUGUUUUACAACUAGAUCUUAAGAACUUUCACAUUCUCAAGUAAACACACUUUUAAAACAGAAACUGUAUGCAGUAUACUCAUUAACUACCACUGAUUUUUAUUCCGUUCGAAGCAUCAGGGCUUCCUAAGAGGCGGAAUAAAAACUUUAAUCCUCUGGGGAGCGAGCUGUCUUUGAUAUGCACAGAUAGAUGCCUGUAGAUGCCUGGGCACACCCCAAAUCUGAGCACUGUGUUAUUAAUUACCUCUAAUGUGGCAUAUAAGUCACAAACUAGAAUGCUAAUUGUAAUAUUUUCGCUUUACUGCAAGCACCAUUUAAGGAUCAUAGAAUGACUUUUACUAAACCACAUAUUUUUGUCAAUAGAAGAUGCUGCAUCACUGCCAGUUCACUAUGUACCUCAGAGCACCUGUGAAGUUUGUAUUACUUAGCGGCAUGAGUGAAGCUGUUGCUGCAUUUCCACCUCGCAAGUUACAGACACUCAGGUCUACUUCACAGAAAGAAAAUCUCCCAUUAAUAUUGCUGUGAAAUACUUUCACCACUAGCUUUUUGCUUAACUUGAAAGAGAUUGCUGAACUUUGUAUAGCCUUAAAUAUCAUGUGUUUCAAGCCCUUUGGUCAAAAUAGGGCUAAUUGGUAACGUUGUUACAUUGUGUAUCCUGUGUCUUAUCACUCUAAUACAUGCAUCAUUUUGGGGGAGGGAACAGGGGUUCGUCAUGUUGUAACUCAUCAUGUUGAGUAAUGUAGUAGACUGUGCAAUAGUGCAACUAUUUGGUACCCAGUGUUAAUCACCUACAUGAUUUACUUCUGUGAUGUGAGAACCACUUGUAAAUAUGAGCCCAAUGUGUUUUUCCAUGUUGUGAGUACACUGAUACCUUCACUCAUUGCACAUUACUGUAGUUGGGGUGAAAAAGCUUUCAAAGUGUUUACUUGAACAGAAGGCUAUGAACUGUUUUUUUUAACUAACUUGAAAUUUGCAUGUGAAAAGACAUGUACCAAUGAUUUGUAGGUUGUUGGACGUGGUUUUGUUACAGUGAGCAAUGAACCCGAGGUCUAAAGUCUUUUGAAUUCUGAGGACACUUUUGUAAACUUUAUAACAUGUGCUUAAGUGAAAAGAGAUUUUUAUGCUGUAAAAAAAGAUUUUUAAUAUUUAUAUUUUAAAAAUGAGUAUUUGUGCUCUGUUUUCCUUUUGCACUAAACACAAACCGCUUUUAUGACACAUCUUACACAAUAAAACUGAUUUGACUGAGAA